GAUAAGCAAAUAUAUGGAUGAUUUGUCAAACUCCACACCUCCAAAAAGAACAAGAACAAAUAAAACCCCACUUAACUAAACUAGAGGAAGAACAACAUCCUCUAAAAGCAAAAAAGAGGAAAAAUGGAGGUGAGUAUGUCACUAAACUCUCUAAUUAGACUUCCCAUGAAAUCUAAGUCAACAACAGUUGAUGAAACUACAUCAAUUAUCAGACACUCUUUACAUUCUACAAGACCAAAAUGCCCAAAAACUCUUCACCAGAAACUGCAAUUUGUGGUGGAAGCCAAGGGUAAAAAGGGAAUGAUGACUCGCCAAUUUCAACGUCCUGGUCCUCCUCCUUUGCCCAAGAUUGAAGAUGAUGGCAAUCCUCGCUUUGUCAUCUUCAUUCGUAUGGCUAAUGUUUACCUAUGGUAUCCACUUAAUCUAGUUACUGGUGGCACAACUGCAAAGAUCAUGGUUGCUGCAAAAGAUAAUAUUCUGGGCAAAUACAUCUACAAGGAUACGAUUGCGAGAAAUCUUGCUGCAGUUGUUUAUCAAGACGAGAAGGGGUUAAUAAAGAUAGCACAGAAGCAAUUUCGUACUUUGAGGACAGCAACUGAUUUUAGAUAUGGCUACAAGCUUGUUGAAAAUGCUGAUGUAAGAACUGCCCUUACUCCUAAAGAUGUUAUUGAGCUGCCUACUCAAGAUCAACUGAAGACAGUGGUCGAUAAGGUCAAGGAUUUCUUUGGAGAUGCGAAGGAAUCCUUUGGUAAGAUUACCACAUUAAACUCAUCUGAGGAGGCAGAGGAAACUUCUGAAUCCAAGUGAGUGCAUGUAAUUGGAAGUCGAGGGACUUGGUUGAUAUCUUCAUGAUGCAUUGCUCUCCAUUGAUUUGAGGUGAAGCUUCAAAAUCGACGUUAUUAGUCCCUUGACAAAGGUGCAGAAACUACCAUCUCAUGUAUCUCAUUGUCCUGCAUGUAUGAAAAGGGGGAGCAACAUUAUAGAAUUUUUGGUUCUUGGAGCUUUGUUCUUUACUUACAUCUACGUUCAAAUGAUCUCUUCCCGUUCACCUUGUAGAAAUUUCUGUUUAUGUAUGUACAUGCAAAAUUAGUUAAUUGUUUAUGAUGACGUGUGCUUA